UCCCUUCUGAUCUGAAAUUGUGCCUUUUCAGGGACUUCCCUGGUGGUCCAGUGGUUAGGACUCUGCACUUCCACUGCAGGGGGCACAGGUUCGAUCCUAGGUUGGGGAACUAAGAUCCUGCAUGCCGUGUGGUGCGGCCAAAAGAAAAAGAAAGGUGAAAUUGUGCCUUUUCUUAGGCCAAUGGUUCACAAACAUUAACAUGCAUCAGAAUCACCUGUAAGUCUCGUUCAAUCACAGAUUGCUGGGCCUUGCCUCAGAGUUUCUGGUUCAGUAGGUCUGGGGUGAGACCAAGAAUUAACAGUGCUAAGAAGUUCCCAAGUGAUGCUGCUGGUGCUGGUCUGGGGGCCACACUUGGAGAACUGCUCUCCCGGAGCAUGUUUUUCAGAGUGGUCUGAGGCUUUGCUGCUGCUGCCUGUACAACACUUGGGACAUUGGUUAAAAACGCAGAUUCCUGGGCUUCAGGCCUAUUGAUUUCGGUUGGUGGGAUGGGAGAGAUGCAGAAAUGGUCAGGAGUCUGCAUUUUCACACUGAUGUUUGUGAACUACCGUUCCUGGUGGGAUAUAGGAAGUUUUAUCGUUUUAUCUGUCCACAACCUUAAUUUUCAUUAGCGCUAUAUCUGUUUUAUUUCCAAGCCAGGACUUUGCAUAGCCCGUCUGAGUUUUAGUAGCACUUCCAGCCUCUGUGCCACCCGGCUUCUAGCCUUACCGAUGUGGAUUCAUCACACCAUCUCUGAAACCUCAGCAGCCAUCCCUGUGGGGAAACAUAUGCAGCCAUGAUUUUUCAGUGCCCAUCACGGAACAUCUAAGACUAUGUGAAACAGACCAAAAAAAGUCCCAGGUGGUGUCUAAAUCCCCAAGGAGCUCUCGAUCUAAUGGGAAAGCCAGUAAGACAGAAAGGGCGUAAAGCAGAUGUUAAAUUGUGACUGAGUGGGAUACACCGAAGGCUGUAAAAGGGAGGGAAGUUUCUCGUGAGUAGAUGCCCAGAAAGGUGGGAUUGGUGCUCUAACUUGGAAGGUGAGUAGGAUCUCAGAUGGCCGUGGAGUCCAAGAGCUGCCCUGGGCAGAGGGAACAGAGUAGCAGGUGAGGAGUUGCAGCUGAGUCUGAGAUUUGCGAGGCUGGAGGAAGAGACUAGGACUCCCACUCCGCCCUCUGACCCCAAGGGGCCUGGCUUGGCUGCUUUGUGCCUCAGGUGGGGCCCAGAGAAAAAUGGCUUGUCAGUCUGUCCUGAGUAUCCAGAGACUUGGUUAGGAGGAUAAUGUGAACAGAUGAGAGCUGCUACUUUGGCCAAGGGAGGGUCUGGGUAUGUUAAGAAACCCCGUUGAAGUCUGUUGGGGUCUCCAGGGAUGGGAGGGCUUCAGAACCAGAGGAACAGACAUAAUACGCUAUCAGCUUGUCCAGAAAAAAAGGCAGUCUCAAGAUUUUUUAAGAAUGCUUAAGGGCUUACCUGGCGGCGCAGUGGUUCGGAAUCCGCCUGCCAAUGCAGGGGACACGGGUUCGAUCUCUGGUCCUGGGAGAUCCCACAUGCUGCAGAGCAACUAAGCCCGUGCGCCACAACUACUGAGCCUGUGCUCUAGAGCCUGCGAGCCACAACUACUGAAGCCCGCGUGCCUAGAGCCCGUGCUCUGCGACAAGAGAAGCCACCGCAAUGAGAAGCCCGCGCACCACAACGAAGAGUAGCUCCCGCUCGCCGCAACUAGAGGAAGCCUGCAUGCAGCAACAAAGACCCAACGCAGCCAAAAUAAAUAAACUAAUUAAUUAUAUAAAAAUUUAUACUUUUAGGGGCUUCCCUGGUGGCGCAGUCGUUGAGAGUCCGCCUGCCGAUGUGGGGGACGCGGGUGCGUGCCCCGGUCCAGGAAGAUCCCACAUGCUACGGAGCGGCUGGGCCCAUGAGCCAUGGCCACUGAGGCUGCGCAUCCGGAGCCUGUGCUCCGCAACUGGAGAGGCCACAUCGGUGAGAGGCCCGCGUACCGCAAAAAAAAAAAAAAAAAUCAUAUAUUUAAAAAAAGAAUGCUUAAAAAUCCCACAAAAUACAUAUUUCUAUGAACACGUAAAAUUAGGGCCUUAUUUUGGAUUUAAAACUGCCCUCCUGGUCCUCCAAACCCUGGGCUGUAGCUGGGCGUUGGAACUGGGAAAAGGGGGGCUUGGUGAGCCGGCGGCUGCUCAGGCCCACCUUCCCCCAGACAGGUGAUGCUCGUCUUCACUCCCUCCCCACCUCUUGAUUGGGAAAACCCUCUUCCCCACAGCCCGGACUUGUCACCUUGCUCCUGGUUUCUUUAAUCACAGCGUUCAAGAACCUGAAAUACUCGCCCACGCAUAGGUGCCAAGUGAGACAACUUUCUCCAUGCAACAGCGCCUUUUUCUUCCCUUCCCUUCGCGGCUGACUUCCACAGGGACCCCAUGACACCUGCUCCCACGGGGAGCGCCCCGCUUCCUCCAGUCCUCCCGCCCGGACGCCCUCUCUGUCAGGCCCUCCCAGCUGUGCUUCCUGCCGCCUCCACCUAGCCUGGGCUCCAUCUUCUGCCUUCAGUCCAAGCCUCCCUGUAACCACACGCAUUGAUUUCUUUCUUCCGUUCCUCCCAACUAAAAUCUCCGUUCUCCCCAGUUAAAUGGUACCCAUCCUACCAGACCAGCUUCACAUCCUCAUUUAUUCCCUGAAGGCUUCUCUGGCCGCCGUAGCCCUAAGUUUUCUCUGAGCUCUCUGUUCCACACACUUUUGCCCUUUCUCUCUUCCCUGAUUGUUGCGUGUGAACCAGUCUUGUCUCUCCAGCUGUGUUGUAGGGCCCUCGCGGCGGGUGGGGGGGGGGCGCAGUGCAUUGUGCCCCUCCUGACCCCAGCGCUCAGCUACGAGAGUGAGCUCACGGGUGCUGCCGUCAGUGCAGGGCGUGAACUCUGACGGAGCGGAGGAGGAGGCCACCAGGAGGACCGGGACGAUGAGCGCUGAGCAUGGACAGCCACAGCAGUCCGGGGGCCGGAGGGGCCGGAGCUCUGGAGACAAGAAGUCCAAAAAGCGCAGCCGGCGCAAAGAAACCUACUCAAUGUAUAUCUACAAGGUGCUGAAGCAGGUGCACCCCGACAUCGGCAUUUCCUCCAAGGCCAUGAGCAUCAUGAAUUCGUUCGUGAACGACGUGUUUGAGCGGCUGGCCGGCGAGGCCGCCCGGCUGGCCCAGUACUCGGGCCGAACCACACUGACGUCCCGGGAAAUCCAGACAGCCGUGCGCCUGCUGCUUCCAGGGGAGCUGGCCAAGCACGCUGUGUCUGAGGGCACCAAGGCCGUCACCAAGUACACCAGCUCCAAGUGA